UGAGUAUUAAUUUUCUUCGAAGUUUUCCUUUAUUUUUUGUGCGCAAAUUUGAAGGUUGUUCAUACCAGCAGGGAUUUUAGGUUUUUACGUGUUCACAACCAGGAAAUGGCGUCUUUUAGGUCUCUCAAGUCUGCAAUCUUUGACAGAGAAGAGAGAAAACAGCAGUACCAGGCUCACAUACGAGGACUUAACGCUUACGAUCGGCACAAGAAAUUUUUAAAUGAUUACGUUGGCUUCUAUGGGAAUGAAAGAUCUACAGAAGAAAAGUUGCCUCUUAAAACUGAUCAAGAUACUCUUAGAGAAGGAUACAGGUUUAUACGGUCUGAGGAAGAUGAUUUGAAUCCAUCAUGGGAACAAAAGCUGGUGAAGCGCUACUAUGAUAAGCUUUUUAAAGAAUACUGCAUUGCUGAUAUGUCACAGUACAAGAGUGGAAAGAUUGGCCUGAGGUGGAGGACUGAAAAAGAAGUCGUAUCUGGGAAAGGGCAGUUUGUAUGUGGUAACAAGCAUUGCAACGAAAAAGAUGGAUUAGCAAGCUAUGAGGUGAAUUUUUCUUAUUUUGAAGCGGGGGAAAACAAACAGGCCCUGGUGAAACUUGUGACUUGUGAGAGAUGUGCUGAGAAGCUUCUUUACAAAAAGAUGAAGGAGAAAGAACAAUUGAGAAAAAGAGAGAAAGAAGAGCUCCUGAAAAAGAGGGAAAGAUCGGAAAGUGGUGAUGGUACUGAUACUGGAUAUGGGAGGAGCAAAAAAAGGAAAAAAGAAAGGGUGGCUUCAACUUCGGCAAGUGAUCAUAAGAGUAAGAGCGAUGACGACGAAAACUUUGACGAGUUUCUUGAGGGAAUGUUUCCUUGAUUAUAUAAAAGCCAGAAUGUCCGUCUACUUCUGUACUACAAAAUAUGUUCUACUUGAAGGUACUGAAAUGAGCUGAAAUUUGAUUGUUAUGUUGACAACUCAAUUGUGCUGCUAAGAAAUUUAGUCAGUAUUCAGUGUAGAUCAUGUUUGUCAGUUGUGCAAGUAGAAUAUUUGGGCUGUAAUAUGGGGACUUCUUUGAAGAAUUUUCUUCUUGUAUUUGUUGAGGGGAAGUGACAAAAAUAUAGCUUGUAACUUUGACAUGAAUCAUUUCAUUACUAUUUUAAGCAACCAACCACUAUUCUGAAAUUAACAU